UUAUAUUCACUCUCUCAGCUUUGCUUCUCCUGAGAACUCUGGCCAGUGCACACACCAGGUCCUCCCAGGAGACUCUCCACACUGGCCUGGCCCUUCCUGCUGUGCGUCUUGAUCCAGGAGAUGAUCAGUGAGGAAGCUGGUGACUCUUGGCCAUCGAGUUCCCUGUUCCUUGGCCACACCCGCACCAGGUGCAGAACAGGAGCCAUCCAGUCUUAGAGCUGGCCAGCCAGUUUGAAAGACAGCACCCUGGCACCACAGGCUUCCAGGGGCCCUGAGGAGAGCUAGAGACUUCCUAAGUCUGCUUUUUUGUUUUCCCCUCCCCCUCAAAGAAGAAACUCCUUUGAUUUGGACCUUUAUAACAGGCCAUAGCCAAGCAGUGCUGUCUCUUCGGGUCAGCUGAAGAGAGAGAGAGAGGUCCCCCCCCUCCCCCACCGUCUUUGCAGCGCUAAGUUCUGCACUGUUUGGGGUUUCAGGUUAGAAGCUGGUGCUGUCUGGGCACACUGGGGCUGUGACCUGCAGGAAGGAGCCCUGUCACCUUCCCCUCUCUCCUCUCCUCUCUCCCUCUCCUUUCCCCUCUUCUCUUUCCCUUCUCCUCUCCAGCAGCAUCUUGAAUCUGCCUCCGGAGAGUCAAGGUCAAGACCCGCCAUGGAACCAAUCAAGUGGACACCCCAAGAAGCCUUCAACCAGACCCAGUCCAGCUCCCUCCUGCGUGACCCCGUCGAGGGGAAGAACAGCACUGGCUCUGCCAGGACCCUGAGGCUGCUGGAUGCAACCAGCGCCGCCUGGUACAUCCUCACCAUCAUCGGCAUCUACGGGCUGAUCUUCCUCUUCCGGCUGGCCAGCAACAUCCUCGGGAAAACUAAGAGGUCCUUGGAGGAUGUUUACUACUCAAGCUUAACUUCUGAGCUCAAAAGGAAAGGGUUUCAGAGCAAGAUGGCCCAUUGUCCGUCACUGAUCAUCAGCAACGCAGCCGCCCUUCAGCCUCAGCAGCUCAGCCUAGAGCCGACGUGUGAAGACGGCAGGCUCCACGUGGGAGCCCAGGUGGUCCCCUGAAGGUCAAGGCCGCCAGACCAGUACUGGGAGGCCGCAGAAGGUUUGCAGGUGGGACAGUUUGGGGCCUGUGAUCUUGAGAAAAGAACCCAGUCCUGGAAUAGGGCAGGGUAAGCAUCUCUGGCCAUGGACACUUGGGGCUAUCAGAGUGUGAACAAACCGCAAGCAGCUUGUCUUCAGGUGACGACGGGGUGUCAGCAGUCCCCAGCUGCUGUCUUCAGGUGAUGGAGUCUCAACAGGUGAAGGAGUAGUGACAGUCAUCAGAUGCUGUUGCCAGGUGUUUCUGGUGUGAUCAGAGGAGACAGUUGAAUCCACAGGUUGGAGGGACCAGGGUUCUCAGAUGGAUUCAGGAUACUCCUGUCCUGGGGCAAAGGGAUGACUUCUUGUCAUGGGAUGAAGGCUGAGCUUGGGGUGGGAUGCUCAGGAAUAGCAUCGACUUCUAGGGAUUGCAUACACAUUUGAGAGUCAGUCACCUGGAAUAUGUGGGAGCUGAGAUUGUCUGUCCCCAGAAGUGACUUUGUCCAUUGAAUUUAGGACCAAAGCUGUUCAUAGUAGAAGCUAAGAAUUCUUCAUUGUUUUUCUAGAAGAGUCUGAUGCACUGAAAAAAAGCAUUCAUUUUUGGAUUCAGGUGUUCCAGACUCUGGGCCGGGCAUGUUCAGCCCUGUUUUGAUGUCUGGGAAUUUAUUGCUGCACUUCUCUGAGCACAGAUGGGUUUCUAGGUCACACGGGAAGAGUGCUGCCGGCCAGUCAUGCCAUGUGGACGUGCUCCAGUGAGAGCGUGUAUGUGAGUGCACUUUGAAAUGGAAAGCACACCUGGAAGUGGCGGUGUGUUGCAGUGGUGAUGGUGUGGAGACUGCGGGGCACAGGUAAUGCUUCUAGUGAGGCGGCAUCGAGGGCAGCAAUGGUGUUGAUGGCUUUAGGACCUCGUGAUGAUCAGAAUUUGGCAAGUCACCCUUUUGCUUUUUAAAUUGAGUUUUAGUUAGACUUCAGACUUAACUACUGUAUUUCUAUACAUUGUUAUACUACGUUUUUGUGAAUGCUCUCUCGGCCCCUGCUCUUCUCUUGCUGGUCCCUCCCUCCCCCCGAAGUGUCCCCUCUGCCUUCAUGUCACACACAGUGUGACCUUUUCUUGUCCCUCUCUCUUUAGACCUUCACAUCCUCUCCCAUAGCUUUUCUCUACUUUCCCGUGUACACAGACAAGCACACACAUGCCCGCACAUGCACACACACAUAUAAUUCAAUCUAUAUCUACACAGCUAUGUGUGUCUCUAUAUGUAUACACACAUAUAUCUGUGGUGUAUGUGUACACACACACACACACACACACACACACACACACGGGAUCUCAGAGGAGCAGUGGGGAGGCAGAGGCAGGUAAUCCUGGCUAGAAGUUAGGGGUGUGGUGUAAGUCUUCCCAGGGACUCGGCAUUCAGUGCCUACAGAAUGAGAAGUCAGAGUGGAUCACAUGAGACCAUAGCCUCUCUUGGUUCUGGGGAGUCCACAGCAUAUGGACACCCCAGUCUUCAAACAUGGCAGGGGUAACAUCAGUGUGGGCCGCACAGAGAAUGUUCUACGGCUACAAACUCUGUCAGGAAAGUAUGCAUGAGAUGUUCUAUAGCAAAUUAAAACAGGUGUCUAAGUCAGGGUUUCUAUUCCUGCACAAACAUCAGGACCCAGA